AUGGACAACCUCGUACUGAGCGCGAAGGGCGCGCAGUGUCCCUUGGAGCUGGAACAGGGGACGCUCAAGGGAAGCAGGUUCAUCAGCGUGUGCUGCGAGAGCAAGAGGGGGAUGGUGGAGGUGCACCAGGUGAUCGACUCCGUCUCCAAGGUGCCCGGAACGCUCAAAGUGGUGCCCAAGAAGGCGCUGACCGACAUGGAGGCCAGGCAGCUGGAGGUGUCCGUGCGGAUUCACGCGCGACUUGCGCACCCCAACGUCCUUCCGCUGUACUUGGCUUUCAGCGGGCGGCACAACCACUACGUGCUGACGGAUCGCGCAAUGCAGCGCAACCUCUACCAAAUCAUGAAGUCGACGCCGCUGACGCAUUCGCAAGUCGUUGGCGCAGUGCUCAAGCCCGUGCUGGCUGCGCUGUCGUAUGCCCACGGGUGCGGCGUGGCGCACCGGGACGUCAAGCCCGAGAACGUCGUGUUCGGCCCGGGGGGCAGGGCCAUGCUGGCCGGAUUCGACCUUGGCGUCGAUCUCCUCUCCGCCCCGCCGGUGACGCGCGUCGGAACCCUGGAUUUCACGGCCCCGGAGGUCCUCCUGUGUGGAACAAAGAGCGGGAGCAGCGACGCGAAGAUCGCCCCCCGGGACAAACGCACCGCCUACACAGAGAAGGUCGAUGUCUGGUCGCUCGGCAUGAUGUUGUACGAACUCGUCGUGGGCACGCCUGCGUUUGCGCGCGACACUGAGGAGGAGACGCGCCAUGCCAUCGUCGCGGCGGAGCUGCCCGAGCUACCCCCGGACGUCCCCGAGAUCAUGGCGUCGUUCAUUCGGGCCUGCUUGGAGCCCGACCCGGCGCAGCGACCCACGACGCACAGCCUCUUGACGCACCCCCUCAUCACGGGGCCAGGGCCAGUGUUGCCGUCGCCGGCGAGCGGCAGCGAGAGUCACGCGGUGGUGCGCGAGCCAGGCAUGACACUGAUGCGGACGAUGGGGCCCGAGAACUCGCGCCGCUCGGCGUGGGACUUGCGGCCGCUGGGGAGCCACAACACGUCCCUCGUGUCGAUGCCAGUCGACGACCUCGAGCAAGACCACAACCUCACGGUGCGAGACGACCGGAAGAUUCAGUCCAACAUCGCGGACGACCGGACGACGUCCGACCUUCGGGAGAAGGAAUUGCGGCGGGCGUGCACCCACACAGGGCUGCGCUCCUCUCAAGCCGAACGCCCGCAACUCAACGACGUCGCGCGGCGCGCCGUCAUCGCGCACGCAGCCCGCACCACGCCGGGCACAGGCCUUGUGCAACGGCGACCCCCUUGCAUGCCAGGGAACGCAGACGGCCCCGGGGCAGGAGGGCUCAGUCAGUUGCUGGUGUCCGACUCGGGCUUCGAGCUGGCUGGCGGCCAUGCGUCUCGUGGCACCAGCUCCGAGGCCGCACAGAGUGCGCAAGCGUCAGCACGACACCGGUCGGACACGGGGUCGCGGGAAUGCGCGCCCUGCAGCCCGUCGACGUGCUACACGUCCGACACAGGGGUGCAGCCAUGCUCGAACGCCUCUGCGCAAGCGCGGGGCGUGCACAGCUGCCGCACGUCGUGUCUGACGGAGCAAGCCGGCCCGUCGCGUGGCUACUUCAUCAAGCUGCCAGAGGCGCGCAGGGCGGGGCUGGAGGCGCAAAGCGUCUUGGGCUGCUCGCCGCAACAGGCCAGCCAGCUGCUGGGCAUGGUCCGGAAGUCUGCAAAGGCGAGCGCAUCGCACAGUGCCACACAGCCGGUGUCUCCAACCUCGCCCCUGAGGUCGGCCAUGGGGUGGCUGAGCCGCAAGAGCCGGAGAUGA